AUGGUCAAAAGAAAGAGCGAGGAUGCACAGUUGAGUGCUCGUGCCACCAACGGAAAGACCGCCAGAUUUGCAGAAGCAACCAAGUCCACCAAGCCUGUAAAAAAGUCCGCAACGACAAAGUCAGCAAAGACCUCCACCAAACCUGCCGUCGCAACCAACGACACCAAGUCCAAUUCAAAGCCCGAGUCGCUUUCUAUUCAAAUCGUUACCGGAUCCUACGAGAGAGUUCUUCACGGCUUCGCUGCCACCGUCUCUGAGACAGUAUUCGACUCUGAAGCGUCAAAAGAGCAGGACGAACCCACAUACUCGGAUACCUUCUUGUUUGCCGCUCACUCGAGCGCUGUCCGCUGUCUGGCCCUCUCAGCUCCCAACGAGGCUCAUAAGCGAGUGCUAGCGACUGGUAGCACAGAUGAGCGCAUCAACCUCUUCAACCUCUCUACCAGCCCACCCGUUGUCAGCGACAAACCACAACUGCCUAGUCUCUCGGCUACCAGCAUCAUUGAGAACCCCCGGAACAAGGAACUCGGCAGUCUGCUACACCAUGCGCGCAGCGUCAACAAGCUUCAGUUCCCUACUAGAGGCAAGCUCUUUAGUGCAGCCGACGACAAUACUGUCGCCAUCUCGAGAACCCGCGACUGGACCGUGCUAUCAACCAUUAAGUGUCCCAUUCCCAAGGCUGUGGGGCGACCUAGCGGAGAUACUGCUGGACCAGGAGAAGUACCUACCGGAGUCAACGAUUUUGCAAUCCACCCUAGCAUGAAGGUUAUGGUUACUGUCGGCAAAGGAGAAAGAUGCAUGAGACUGUGGAAUUUGGUGACUGGCAAGAAGGCCGGAGUGUUGAACUUUGACAAGAGUUUGUUGCAGGCUGCGGGCGAAGGCAGAUACAGCAGCGGCGAGGGAAGGAAGCUGGCAUGGGGUGAAGACGGCGAGGAGUAUGUUGUUGGUUUCGAGAGAGGAGCUGUGGUUUAUGGCAUGGACUCGACGCCCAAAGCCAUCAUCCGACCUUCACCACCCACCAAACUUCACCAGAUGCGCAUUGUACCGGCCGGAGAGGGACGCAGCAUCCUGGCGGUGUCGACCGAGGACGGCAGAGUCAUCUUCUACGACCUGAAGACAAGCGUUGAGAGUGAGAAGGAGGACGAAGAAGUACCGCAGUGCGCGGCUUUGGGACAAUUGGGAGGCAGGCAAGCAGGAUUCAGUGGCAGAGUCAAGGACUUUGAAGUGCUGCAGCACAAGACAGGAGCACCGUUGACCAUCGUGACUGGCAGCAGCGAUGGUGCUGUCAGGAUAUGGAAGUGCGAUGUCUCGGAGAUUUUGGAGGGCGCCGAAAUGAAGCAAGCAAAGGGCGCGGUGCGUCAAGUUGGCACGUCGAUAGGUACGCACGAGACCGGGCACCGCAUCACAUGCCUGGUCGCAUUCGUGAUGGAUGGCCCGGCGGAAGUGGCAGACGAGGACGAGGACGAUGUACCGGGCACGGCCGAAGAGGCAAGCAGUGAUAGCGACGAUGAGUAG